AUGGACCAUCAUGCUUUGGUGGAGGAAUUACCUGAAAUUGAAAAAUUAACCCCUCAAGAACGCAUUGCACUAGCCAGAGAACGCCGGGCCGAACAACUUAGACAAAAUGCUGCACGAGAAGCUCAGUUGCCUAUGCCAGCACAGCGCCGGCCUCGGCUUCGAUUUACUCCAGAUGUUGCUUUACUUGAGGCUACAGUUAGGGGGGAUACACAAGAAGUUGAACGCCUUUUAAUGGAGGGAGUCAACGCUGAUUCGCACAAUGAGGAUGGAUUGACACCUUUACAUCAGUGUGCAAUCGAUAACAAUGAAAGAAUAGUUCGCCUUUUGCUCAGGUACGGAGCUUGUGUCAACGCCAAGGAUACGGAGCUUUGGACACCUUUACAUGCGGCAGCAUGUUGUGCUUAUAUUGAUAUUGUUCGUUUACUUAUUGCACACAACGCAGAUUUACUAGCAGUAAAUGCAGAUGGAAAUAUGCCCUAUGAUAUUUGUGAUGAUGAGCAAACACUUGACCUUAUUGAAUCUGAAAUGGCUGCUAGAGGAAUUACGCAAGAAAUGAUUGAUGAAAGGAGACAGCAACCAGAAAGGGAAAUGUUGAAUGAUAUGAAAAUUUUACAUCAAAGAGGAUUACCUUUAGAUCAGAGAAAUUCUAUUGAUAAAUCUACCUUUUUACAUAUAGCAGCAGCUAAUGGUUAUUAUGAUGUUGCUGCUUUCCUUCUUCGUUGUAAUGUUUCUCCAGCAUUAAGAGAUAUAGAUUUGUGGCAACCCAUACAUGCAGCUGCUUCUUGGAAUCAACCAGACUUAAUUGAACUUUUAUGUGAAUACGGAGCUGAUAUAAAUGCAAAAACUGGGGCGGGGGAAAGCCCUUUAGAAUUAACCGAAGACGAACCAACCCAACAAGUAAUUAGAACAAUAGCUCAAACUGAAGCUAGGAGGCGGCGAGGUCCAGGAGGUGGUUACUUUGGUGUUCGAGAUUCUCGACGACAAAGCAGAAAAAGAAAAAAAUUCGAAUCGCCCCAACAACCACCUUCAACGUUAGAAAAUCCUUUCUCGGCUAGAGGUGCAAUUAGACGCCAAUCAUUGCGAGAUCGUAGCGGAAUGUCUUUAGCUCGUUUGGAAGCACAAAGAGAGGGUUCUGAUUUAAUUAGAAGUUAUAAUAGUAAAGAAGACCUUUCUUCGAAUCCGGCGGAUGAUUCUUUAACGGCUGGAAGUUCUUCAUAUCUUCACAAUCCCACAGCAGCUACUAGCGCCUCCUCUUCAGCAUUACACGGCGGAAAUCCACACCAACAACAACGUCGUGAAUCUCCCCCUAAACGUGCAUUAAUGGCCAGAAGUGCUUCACACCAAAAGCAAAAACAACAAAUGUCGCCAGAUGAAUGGCUGAAAAAAUUAGAAGCAGAUUCUGCCGGUUUUCGAGAUGAUGGAGAAGAUGGAGAAUUACAUUCUGAACUUAAAGGAGGGCAAAGAGGAGGAAAGGGCGGUGGAGGAGGAGUGAGAGGACAACAAGGUUAAAUUUUUAAAGAUAUUUUUUGAAUUUUACAAGGGGAACUUGACGUAGGAUAUAUCCUUGGGAAAAGAUUAAAAUUGAGUUGUAUUUUACAUAGAGGGUGUCGCCUGGAUAGAGGUAUCGCUUGCUCAAUAGUCUUUAGAAUUUCGAUCGCCCCAAUUCGAUUUGGCGAGUUCUGGAAGAUCCCUUGAUAAUCCCGAUUCGAAAUUUCCAUAUGUC